AUGGAUCACUUCAGAUUCAACAAAACCCUUCUCCUCAUCGGAGCACUCUCUUGCCUCCUCCUAUCCACCGCCGUCUCCGCCCGUCAACUUCUAGCGGCACCUGUCCCCCCUGAGCUUACACAAUUCUGCAGCGGCACCGAUAACCCAUCCCUAUGUGUCGAUACCAUCGCCCCCUUCCUAUCUGGUUCCUUCGACCCCGUCAAAGCACUGGAGAGCGAGAUCAACGCCACCCUCCAGAAGGCCAGCGAGAUCGCUGCUUCCAUCUCCAAGCAGCUGGAAGAUCCCACCACCGCCAAGAACGCUUUGGACGCGCUCAACAUCUGCAAGUCUCAGUACGAUGACAUGUUGGACAGCAUAAAGGAGUCUCUGAAUCUGGUGGCUCAGAUGAACGUGGCGGAUGCUUAUCACAAAAUGAGCGCCGUGAUUUCCUACAAAUCCAGCUGCGACGACGCUUACACCGAGUCUCCCGGCGUCGAAAUGCCCUUCCGCCAGGAAGCCACCACGCUCUUCGAGUUGAGUGGCAAUUGCGUCACCGUCCUGGACACCAUCGUUAACACUCACAAGGUGUAA